CACGAAAUUAAAGGGCGCCACUCCCCCCACCCACAACACACAACUCCCACCCUCUCCUCCUCAAUUUCCUCUCGCAAAAUGUCACACAUACAUCCUAGAAUAAAUAAAACAACUAACAUUUUGUAGAUCAAAAGAGCUUGUGAUCAACUCACUAGGAGGGAGAAAAAAAAAAUGGGCUCUUCAAAAGCACUUCUCUUCUUCCUCUCCAUUGUCGUCUCCAUUGCAUUCUCUAGUGGAAUUCAACUCAUACUAGUAAACAACUGCGCCAACAGCGUGUGGCCGGGGAUCAUGGGCAGCGCCGGCCAGCCGACGCCGCAGUAUGGUGGAUUCCAGUUGGCGGCUGCCGAGGAAGUGGUGUUCGACGUGCCGGCCGGGUGGUCGGGGCGCAUAUGGGGCCGACAGGGCUGCUGCUUCGACGAGCAUGGGAAGGGCACGUGCGAGACUGGCGACUGCGGCAACGGACUCCGCUGCGGCGGUGCCGGGGGGAAGCCCCCGGCCACGGUAGUCGAGAUGACGUUCGGCACGGCGAGGUCGCCGUUGCACUACUAUGACGUCAGCCUCGUCGACGGCUUCAACCUCCCCGUGGCCAUGUCCCCCGUCGGGGGCGGAAUCGGGUGCGGGGUGGCGGGGUGCGAGGUAGAUCUGAACGUGUGUUGCCCGUCACGGUUCGAGGUGAGAAGUGCGGACGGAAAGGUGGUGGGCUGCAAAAGCGCAUGUCUGGCGCUGCAAACAGAUAAGUACUGCUGCGUGGGAGAAUACGGAUCUCCGAGUAGUUGCAAACCCACGCUCUUCUCCCAUCUCUUCAAGUCCAUAUGCCCAAGAGCUUAUAGCUUUGCUUAUGAUGAUCCCUCCAGCUUGAAUAAGUGCAGGGCAUCGAGGUAUCUCAUCACCUUUUGCCCCCCAACAAGGUGAAGGGAAAUAUGAGAGAGAGAGAGAGAGAGAGAUUCAGAUUCAGUAUAUAUUUAUAGAUAGAUGUUUACUAGUUGCAGUAGGUGAUAUGCACUCAGGUGUUUGGGUCCAUUAGGUGACUUAUUACGCAAUUAUGGAUUCUGGGUUUUCUUUUUAUUAUUGGGUCUCUUCGUAUAAAUCAUUAGUAGUA